AACUCCAUCAUAUGCUACUUGUUCCUCUGUAGGAGCAAAGUUGCUUUGGGAUGGUAGAUAAACUUCUAUAAAUAGAAGUUCUUUGUACAGACUUCAAGCUGGAAGUGGUAGUAAGAUGAAUCGCUUGCAUCUUCAUUAUUGAAAGUCGUAUUUAUAGUACUUCCCCUAAUUUUUACAUAUGUUUUUAUGAUUGUUUAAAUGUCGUAAAGGAGGCUAUUUGUGUUUAUUUUAAAAUGGCUUCUGUGGAAUAAUGCAAAGAGCUUCCAGAUUCAUAGCUGCUAGUCUGUUAAAAUUUCUUGUAUGUUUCAGUAAUAAUAGUUGAGCACCAUAUUCACAUUCACCCUUGAAUAAAACCAUCUGAUUAAAAUAAAGAUAUACGUGCAUGGUAGCUAAUUGAUGUAUCACUGUUUUCUUUUGGAGUACAAAAAAUGAUAUUUUAGAACAAAAUAACAUGAUCCUUUUCUUUAGUCGGCAUGUUUUUAGGCGGAUCUCAUACUUCAGUGUUAGGAAUGUAAAUUACAAUAUAUUAUGAUAACAUUAUUUUCUUAAAAUCUGUUAUAGUUGAUAAAUGGCAGCUCUCUUGUAAAGGCUGAACUAUAACAAGUCUAGCAGGCUUACCAAGUUUGCCCUGACAGUCUCAAAUUCUUUGUACAACCAUGAUAAGCAUCCAGAGAAUGUUUGAAGGAAAGGCCCUGUUCAUAACUUUCUUAAGACAAUAAGCAGCACAAUGUCAGCUAAGCCCUUGGAUUGGUUUUAUAGGGGAAAACCAGAUCUGGGUGAUCUCCUUAAAUUUUACUGAUUUAAUCACCUUUACAUCUGCAAUUGAUUGACUAUAAUGCCAUCAUGUAUUCUAAAUCUGUUGGUAUCUUUCCAUUUGAAAAUUAUAUCCUUUUACAGAGCCUUUUACCAAGGGGGUGAUUUUUGAUGUACAGUAGUACUUUUCCUAUGGGAUGGCAAAUACACACCCAUGUGCAGGUAAUGGUCAUGGUUUGAACUAAGGAAUAUCCCACUUAGAACCAUAUCACUUAGGAAAGGGUCCCCAACCCCUGGUCCGUGGACCAGCAUUGGACUGUGGCAUGCGCAAACAAGCAAAGCCCCAUCCGUAGGAUGCAGGCAGUACAUGAAACCACGCCCCCUCUGGUCCACGAAAAAAACUCCCUGGAUCCGGUCCCUGACGCUCAAAAGAUUGGGGACCUCUGACUUAGGUGACCUAGUUGAAGAGCAUUUGCCCCAUCUCAUCUGCCGUUCAGAGGGAGGCAGGAAGGAAUGUGGAAGAUCAGUUGCUUUAUAUCUGGUGCCUUUUCUCAUUCUAUUCCUCUGUUUCGUUCUUUUCUCCAGACUUGGUAUGUAAACUUUUAAUGCAUGCAAUUUUUUCUUAUAAUAAUAUGGGAAUGUUUCAAAUGAAAGGAGAAAUUGCAUGAACACAGGUAGUCCUUGAGUUGCAAGCCUUAGUUUAACAACCAAAGUUACUGUGGCACUUGAAAAAGUGACUUAAUGACCUGUCUCCCCACAUACGACCGUCACAACCAUGGCCGUGUGAUCAAAAUUUGGGCUCUUGCGGCUGGUAUUAUUUCCAGGGCAUCACCGGGUCACGUGAUUGCCAUUUGUGACCCUCUCAGCCAGCUUUCGACAAGCAAAAUCAAAGGAGGAGCCAGAUUUGUUUAAUGAUCGAAUGAUUCCCUUGACAGCCGCAAUGAUUUGCUUAACAACAGUGGCAAAAAAAAAAAAAAUCUCAUAAAAUUGGGUGUAACUCAACCACCUUGGCAGUGGAAAGUCUGGUCCCAAUUGUCGUAAGUCAAGGACUACCUGUAAAUAGAUUCCUCUUUCUGCUUCUAAAAUCUUUUUUUCUGGUAAUAACUUUCUUCUUUUCUUUCUUUCUAGUCAUGCUAUCUCCUAAGCUGUAUCCAGUUCCAUUCAAGACUAUACUACAGUACUUGUCUUGGUUCAUGUUGUACCUGUGAGGGAACCAAAAGAUGGUACAAGCUUCACUCCAAACCAGGGAAGAAGGAAAAAGAGCGGGGCGAGAUUGAGGUGGAUAUCCAGUUCAUGAGGAGCAACAUGACAGCUAGCAUGUUUGACCUGUCCAUGAAGGAUAAGCCCCGGACUCCCUUUGGCAAGCUGAAAAAAAAAUUAAAAGGAAAACGGGGCAAUGGAUUGCCAGACACAGCUUCAGCAAUUAUUCCUAGCAUUACUCACUCUCCAGCCGACAGUGAAGAAGAGUCAAAUGAGAAGAAGAAGAAAUCAAAGUUCAAGACACUGUUCUCUAAGCCUGGUUUGCAUAAAAGCAAUAUUUCCCAGUCCAUGUCUGUGCUACCCACACUCCAGCCUGUUUCGGAGAGGGUUCGACUUCGACCUGCUGACUUUCAGUCACAAUGGAGUGAUGAUGAUGAUGAUGACACUUUGACAACGGUCUCUGAGAAGCCCCCUGCAAGCAGAACCAACAAUAAUGUGCUUGGUCCCCCUUCUGCCAUGACCCACAAGAGAACCGGUAGUGGAGACUCCAAGCAAUUAAACCAAAUAAUGGCCGGCAGCGCUAAGAAGGAUAUGCAUUCUUUAUUUGGUCUCAGAUCCAAAAAUGAUCCGGUUUCCAGGUCCAAUUUGUGUAUCAAUGGCAGCCACGUUUACAUGGAAGAAAAUGAACCAAAGAGCGACCUCGUCGCCAAAGAAGGCGCUCCAUCUUCUCCUCAGACAUCCCAGCGAAAACGCCUCUUUCUCUCUCAGGAAAACCUGUCUCUCGAACGCGACAAGGAGCUUGAAAACCCUCCCAGGUUGGCCCUUGAUAAGUUGCCCUCUGGGUCGUCGUCGUUGGAAACCUUUAAAGCCAUGACUCUGCCAUCGUACAAAUUGCUUGCUGGUGGGGAUUCGAUGGAAAACAACACUCCGUUUGUUUCAGACACUCCGAAAGAAACCAAGGAGAUCAAAAAACCGGAGAACAAGAAGUCCGGCUUGCUGUCUCUCGUGACAGGGAAAAAAGAAACCAAAACCAGCGAGGAGAUGGGCAACGUUGAGAGUUCCCUGAAGGCGAAGGAAGCGAAGCGUAAUGAAAAAGAAUUGGCCAGAAAAGAGACCAACCCUUUUGAGCUCCCCGUGAAUGGCAGAAGGGGCCACGGCCCAGCUAAGAGUAGCGCUGCAGAUGCUGUGAUUGCAAAGACAUCAACAAACCCUUUCAGUGAGAACACUGUGGAAGGGGAGAAACCAGAAAAAAAUGCCGCUUCGGUGAAACCUUCUCAGACGAAACAUGUCAAGCCCAGACUGGGCGUGUCUUCAGAGGAUGAAACCAAAGCCACCUCUUUUCCUCCUGUUCCUCUUCCUCCUACUUGCUAUCCUUCAAAUAAUGAAAAUAACCCUUUUACUUCUAAAUUGGAUGCAGAACAGAAAACUCAGGAAGCUGGUCGGUUUGCUAGCUCAAAGAAUGUUUCUGUUAAUAAUCCAUUCACUGCAAAAUGGAUGCAGGAUUCUAGAGACUUGGUAUGCUCUGCAGUUUCUGUCUCUCUUCCUUCAGCUUCUGGCCCUGAAAAUAAUCCUUUCAGUCCUAAAUGGGAACAAGAAUCUCAGGCGCAGGAGAUGGAAAGCUCUUCCUUAUUCGCUGUACACUCUGCAGCUUCCAUUACUGAAACUCAUACUAUUCCUUCUCAGCUUUCUAAAGUUGACGAUCCUGUUGUAGUCAAAGUAGGACAGGAAUCUGAAAGAAUUAAAAGUCCUCCCACAUCUAUAAGUUCUAUAUCUGUAGCUGAAAACAUUGAUAAUUCCAAGUACCCUGAUGAUGUUUCUUCAGAAAAGUUUCAAAAUGAAAACUUAACUAAUCAGUCAGAUGCUAUAUCCAACUUCUCUGGCUCUCUAGCUGAGAGUCCUCCACCACAGUCUUCUGACCUAGUUAGAGUGAACCCAAAAGCCCCAUAUGAUGACAAAGUGCAUAUAGUACUGCCUUUUAAAGAAAACAAUGGGAUGAAAAAGUCAGUAGACUUUGCCCUUGAUGAAUCGAAAGAGGAUGUAAUAAUUAGUCCUAAUGACUGUGCAGAUGAAGAUUCACUUGAGGUAAAUGAAAAUAAAGAAGCACUAAAUCCAUUUGAAAAGAAUAGCAGCCAGGUAAUUGAAUUAAAUGCAGAAAAUAGUUGUGGCUCUAAGCCUGAUGAAGAAGACACAAUUUCUGUCCAUACUAGUGGGAACCCCUUAGAGAAGGAAGUUGAAUCUAAAAUGGAGCCACCAGUACCAGUGGCAAGAGUCCUCAUUCCUCUGCAAACUGAAAUGGCAAUUCCUGAGCCGAGUUACAAAACACACUCUGUACCACCAAAACCAGCACCAAGAAAUGCUUUGAAAGUGAAAAAGCGUGCACCUCUAACUGAUGAAUUAAAAGAAGAUGUGUCAAGCCAUGCAUCCGUUUUCAAAGAGAUUUCUCCAGACAGUUCAAUCUUUAGUGAAAAGCCAAGCCAUAUUUGCUCAUUAACUUCAGAAAUGGCUGUCCUUCCUCGUGGAUACGAUAGUGGUAAUACGGAUCCAUCUCAAAGUAUUAAGAAUGACUCUAACCACAUCAUGAGAGCAUCACUUGGGAUUUCAGGUCCUGGAGAGCUGAAUGUAACUCUUCCUGUUAUUCCAGAAGUAGCUUCAGAUGAUGAGCAAUUAGGGGAUUAUCAGCAGAAUCCUGAAAGUAUGGCACUAAGUGAAGCUUUGUCAAGAAAUGAAGAUGGCUUUGUGAACUUGUGGUCUUCUGUCGAGAGGACAGAUCUGACAUCAACUAAGAAAGCUAUUGGAGAGACUGUAUCAGGUCUCAUGCAAAUGAGUAAUUUUGGCAAUUCAUCCAACAGAUUGUUGCAGGAUCCAACCCACAAUGUAUUGGAUGCAGAAGUACAUAAAAACCCAAAUCGUCACCUUACAGGCAUAGAAAAGAAGUGUGGAGAAUACUCAAACAAAAAGAGGCAAGAAGAUUGUCCCGAGUCUUCUGCUGAGCCUGUUUCUCUUUACCCUCUGUUUGAUUCUUCUCAAUCUUGCUCUGUUAGCUCUUUCCAGUCUGAUUCUUAUGGCUUUAAUAAAGCAGAAUCUCCCCAAAAAGCUACAGCGGAAGAAUUGGAUGCCAAAGUGGAAAGCUCUGGCAAGAAGAAGCUGCUUCAGGCACGGGUUUCACCCUCUGAAACACAUCCCAAUCCUGGUGGAAAUUCUGCCAAACUCAGACUUCAUCCUGUGAAGCCAAUGAAUGCUACAACUAAGCAACCAUCUGCAAAAAUCUUGAGCAUAAAUGCUAGGAUGCUGGAUAAUCAAACUGAAAUCAAUUUGAAGAAAUAUGAUCGUUCAGAUCCUGCCUGUGCUUAUGCUCAGUUAACUCAUGAUGAACUGAUCCAACUGGUGUUGAAACAAAAAGAUAUUCUUGCCAAGCAAGAUGUCCAUGUACGAGAGCUGGAAGACUAUAUAGAUAACUUGCUUGUUAGAGUCAUGGAAGAAACCCCCAACAUUCUUCGGAUUGAAGUCCACCCCAGAAAGAAAGCUGGAAAGAUGUAAAAUGACACCUCAACCUGUAUGAAGAAUUUUCUUAGUCCAACUUGACUAAGAGAAUGUGAAAUGAAAUAUUACUUUAGCAAAACAAAGGUUAUUUAUUUCUUUGGGUAAAAUUGGUGUCUUGUCUUCGAGACUGGUUAGAUAUAAUCCAGAAAUGACAAUCUUUCUUCAGAUACUCUUCUAGUACAAUGCACAUAUUUUGCUUCUCUGUUUAUGAAUAAAAGUAUGACUUAUGAAAUUUCAAGAGAGCUAUAUUAUUCUACUGUGAAUAAUACUGUACCUGAAGCAUUUAUACAGAAUUUUAUGUAAAGUUGAAAAAUAUUAGUCAGUUUUCAAAUUUCUGUGGGUCAUACUAAGUUUUUGUGCAAUAUAUACAAUAUUAUCCUAAGCAAUUUCAUGCUAAUUCGCUGAAAACACUGGAAUAUCAUCAAGUCCCUCAUUUUAAUUAAUUAGCUGGGAAAUGAAGAUAUUACUGGAAAACUGGAUCCCUUUGAAAACCAGCAUUGUGACUUUCACAGGUUCUUAUCAAUUGGAGCUUGUGCUGUGGAUGUUUACAGUGGAUUGUGUACUGAGUUAUUUGCAUUAUUCAUUUGGGAACCAUAGGUAAAAAAAUUGCAUAGUAACGGCUGGUGAACAAACAUUGCUUGCUUGUGUUGUCUACAUUGAAAUGAUAUGUGAAUAAGAGUAUGCAAAACAUUCAGCACUAAGUUUUAUAAUCUCUAAUUGUGACUGGUUUGGGGUCCAUUUUAUUUGAUUUGGAUUGGGAUAAACUGGCUGAUAGCACUAGAGCACCAUAGCUAGUCACUCAGUUGUAGAUGAUGAUUUCUAAAUAGAGAUUAAAGCAGGGAUAAGUAACCUUGGUUUUAAAAAGAACAAAACUCCAGGAGAAGUACUAAGUUGCUUAUUCCUCUGUGAUUUUAGGAAUGUGGAUGAAACUGGAAUGUUCCCAGACUUUUAAAAGUUUGAAAGUACAUAUUCACACAAUUCUUAAUUGGCCAUGAAUAUUGACUGAGCUUGCUUUUUAGUCACUUCUUCUUUGUUCAGAAAUUGAUGUGUUUUUCUUCCUUCCCUUUCACUCAAUAAAAUGUUUCCAAAAUGUCUUCCUAUUUGCGAACACCUACACAAAAGUUCCUCCAACAAAGUUAUUUUCAGAAAAUCUUCUAAGAAAAUUGGUGUACUUAAGUCUUUUUAGAAUAACAGUCUACUUAGACUAGUACAAUUACUUUUGUCAGGAAGGGUCAGACAGUUUUGGGGGGGAUUCUGGAAGUCUCUCGUGUUCUUCCAGAUUCUGUAUUCUUCAGAAAUAUAAUUGCUUGUGAUGGUUAUUAUGGAUGAAAAUCGUCUCAAAAUUGUAGAUGUUCAGAAUCCGCAACUGAUGAGCCAAGCAGUUAGAAAUCUUAGGUAUUUUUUGUUAAGGUGAAGAAAAGGCAUUCUUUCUCAUCAGAUGCCAAGGCAAAUGUAUCUGCACAUCUUGAACACCUUUUUCCUUUUCUAUGCAGUGAAAAGUUGGGAUAAAUUUUGAUCCUUUUCUGGAAUUGCUAAGCAAAGCCUCCUUGUAAAUUCCAAGCAUUUAUUUGCUGUGCUCAGAGCUGUAUAUGCAAUAUUGACAGUUAACUCAAGUUUUCCUUUCUCUUUAAGAAUAUCUAUGUUUGAAAUGAACAAACUUGAAUAUCUGAUAAGUUGCUCAAAUCUGAUAAUUUUCAUUGAUACUUAAAUUCCAUUUUAUUUGAUCAAGAAAACUAAACAGGAUGGUAUUGAUGUGAGAGAGUGAAGAAGAGAGUCAACAUGCUCUCCAGUAGCAAUUUUUUACAUUGAGGCAUUUGUUUUGGAAAUACUUGGUUUGAGCUUGGCCAGAGUGUUAUGCUGGUAGUCUUGUGUUUCCGAUGUAAAGGUUUUGAAUUGUCAGGCUUUUCCACAGCUAACUUCUCUUUCCCCAGAGUAGAGAAAUGUAGCCUGAUCUAUUUGUUGCAGUAAUUGCUGGAAUACAUGGGAGGUCUACAUUACCUUUCCACAAUAAAUAGCCUAUAUUAUUUCUGAUAAAGACUAAUUGGAAACAUUCACGUUUUCAGCAUACAAUUCAUGCAGGGUUUAUAUAAAAUAGAUCAAACUUCCUUUUUCCUGUGAAAAUAAUAGCAUGUGGUGAAACGGGAAGAAUAAAUACAGUACUUUUAAAUCUUGCUGACUUUUUAAAUGGAAGGUUAAAGACGUUUUUAAUCUAAAGCAGGACAGUGGAUACCUUGGUCUUGGACUAUGGGUGAACUGUGCCUUCAAGGAAAGAAUGCGUACUCCAGAUCUAGAAAUAUUUUAUUCUGGAUCUAGUAAGAAAACCGCAUUUUCUAUCGUAUGUUAAAACUUACCUUGAACUGGGCAUCUUUUUAUGAUUUACCACAAAACCUUAGAAUGUAGAAAAUACAUAUAGAGAUUAACAAGGUACUUUGCAGAGUUAACACAAAUCUAUCCACAUUUAUGUUCUAGCCACUCAUAACUACUACUGAUUCAAAAUUGUUAGCAAUCACAGCUAGCUGAUUAAAUGUAGGUACCUGCAGCAAUCCAAGGAUUGUUUAGCGACAUUGAAGAAUUAACUUAAUCAUUUGCUACAGCUGUUGUUUAUUAUCUUCCUAUGCACUUUAAUGAGGGAUCUGUUUGGCACUGAACAAUUCUUCAUCCCUCUUAUUAUACUUAGUCACCACACUGGAUUACAAUAUAAGUUUGUGAGCUGAAUUUAUUAACUAGCAUAUUUGCCAGUAUAUAAUCUGGCAAUCACCAAAGAACAGAAUAGCUUAGGUGGCUACAGUACUCAUGUUUUGAGAAGAGGUGUAGUUUGUAUUACUUACGUUACCAAUGCAUUCAUAAUCUAAUUACAUAGGUUAAGGUUUGGUAUGAAAUGAGUAAUAUAUUUGAAUGUCAGAUUCUGAGGCAGGAGUAGAUCAUACUCUCUGUUGUUGCCAUAAACAUGAGUGUGAAAUCUGUGGAGUAGAUGUGUCUGCCUCUUCCUAUGCAGUAUAGUUCAAAUCUGAGGAACUAUAAAACAAGCUUUCUUUUUGCUUCGUUUGUUGAGUUAGAAGAAGCAUUUUGGACUUUUCCACGGAAAAGAAUAGUGAUCUGGCAUAUUGAAGGCGGUACAAUAUUGUGAAAUUGCUGGUACUGAAAUGUGUAACAAUACAUAUUUUAUAGGUAGACAUAUUUUAUAGGUAGAAAACAUUUUGGAGGGUAUUUUAAAGUCUAGCUAUUUCCCUCUGCUGGUUGUUAGCAUAAUGCUGUAUGCUUUUAUGAAAAGGCAUGCAGGAAUUUGUAUUACAUGUCUGAUUCCAGAAUAUCAAAUAGCUGCUUUAAUACCAUACUCCCUAAGAAUAACUUUCUGAAAUUGACUGAAAUUGUAAACAUGUCCGCUAAUAAAAUGGCAAGUAGCAAAACAAAAAAGAAACAAAACUUGUGCUGGGCAAAUUUUGAGCAGAUUGAGAAAAUCCAAAUUUAGAAUCCUUUUAUUUUUGUUAAUUUUAAAUUUUAAAAUUAAUUUUAAUUUCAAAAACAGUUAAUUUUAAUAUAAGUUCCAGUAAGCUAGCAUUGUUAUUGGUCAUUCUUGUUGAAAAUUAUGGGAAUUGCAAUCUCAGUUAAGAGCGUGCUAAACUUUCCAACCUGAAACAGUUGCAGUUCCAAUAAUUGGAAAAGUCCAUUUUGUGUUUGGAAUGUUCCAUGAUAACCUUUUGUACAAGGCUGAUCUCAACAUAGGACACAAAGAACACUAAAUUGGGGGAAGAUAGUUUUAAGUCAUAGCUGUAUGUAUUUAACGGGUUUUAAGUGGGGCAGUUUCACAUGUUGUGUAAUAUAUAAUGAAGGAGUUACAACGGGGCCCAGUUGUUGCCAACUUUGUCUUUGUGCAUUAUAUAUCACUCAAUAUAUAAUGUAGAAAUAACAGUGCCUUAAAAUCAGUAUUUUACUGAACGAUUUAAAAAUAAUCAGUUUAUGUAAAUUCUUGAGUUUUAAUAAAAUGGUUAUGCAAUGAAUAGUUUGUCUCCCUCUGUAUAUUUAAUGUAGAAGGAUUUGAAUGUUUGUUUACGCUUUGUUACAAUUGGUACAUUGCCUGAUGGUUUUUAUACAAAGACCUUCAGCCUUAUGAAAUGUUAAAAUAAAGUUAUUUAAAGUUAAA